AUGGGCGAUAAUCCUGGAAGCUUGCCUAUAGGGGCAAAGUACAAGCUCACUGGAUCAGUCGUGGGCGCAUACCGUGACGGCAACGGUGUUCUCCACCAGGUGACGUUGGGGCCGGAGGCUGGGGACGACGCCUUGAAUGUUGCUGUCAAAAUUGACGCAGUACAGUCCAAACGCACAUCGAUGUCCAUUGCUUCCCCGUCCCCAGAGGACUACAUGUACAGGCUUAUCUACGAGCUUGAGGUCACAGAGCAACACUGGAACCAAGGAAAGGAUUACAAGUUCCUUUUCAAGCACUCUGCACUGCGCAAAUCACUUGAUGACACAGAGUGUCCCCCAGAUCGUUGUGCCGAGGGCGAGACGUACUUUGUCAUGAAACAUUACACUGGGGAUGAGUCUGCUCACCCUGGGAUCCUCUGCGGCAAUUCAAGGUUCAAGCUCAUGAUAAGGAGUGAUGUGUCAACCAAGGGUGGAAUGCCCCUCGGUGGAGGCGCUCGUUUCAGUCAAGCUCAGCUGUCAAAGGCCCAUUACAAAGUGGCACCAAUGAAUCUGCUCCCUAGGAAGACGACCCGUCUCUGGAAAAGCUCCAAUUACGUGGCCUAUGGGGGAAUUAAAGAUUCGGCCAUUUAG